GGGCAGGAUGAAGUAGGUGCUACAUAUACUGAAAAACUUACUUUCAAUAACGAUUUAUUUAUAUUUUGUCCCUAUUAUAGUUAUUUAAAAUCAACUACCUUAUAAAAUACAUGCGCCAGGUUGAAAAGGCGAUGUACAGAAAAUACAACCGGCACAAUCAUAGUUCUGCGCUGAAAAAUUUUCGCGUGAAAUUCGCUAAAAUAUGAUUACCGUUAAAUUAUGUAGAUUACAGUAAGUAUUACAGCGUAUCAUAUUUUUUGAUAAGGAUUGUAGCUAAGUGAAUGUUUAUCGGUGUUCAUUAAUUAUAGGCAUGCCUCGACACCGCCAUUUAUCGUAUCUAUUAAUUAAAGUCUAGCCUGAUUAAAUGCUAUUGGAGUGUUGUUAGUCGUGUUGUGGUGUUGUCGGCUCAGUAACAUGGGUUCUGACAAUUUCUCAUACCUUACUUUAUUGUUUAGAAGUUGUAGUGCACCGUUAAGCAAAAGAUCAUUUAGUAUAUCUAUUUAAACAGACAUCAGAUUCCGUUAAGAAGAUUUUUUUUUUUUUUGAAUCAUGCGUCAGCCUCUUGGAAAUCUUAUAACUUGGACUGGAUUAUUGAUUGAAUUAGUGUACUGAAAUCAUGGGAACAAAAACAUGUCUGUUUUUCUACGGAAUGGGAGUUUUGUUUCAUGCUUCCAGUUAUUCUACAGUAUAUUGGGAGGUGACCGGAUAUGACGAUUACCACUCAGGAUUGUGGGAAGCUUGUAGAGACGGAGUGUGUUCAUUCACUACGAACCAUCUGUGUUUUUUUGAAGCUACGCAGGUGCUCGAGACUCUGGCCUUAGUAACAGGAAGUCUUGGCUUACUUCUCCUCAUCUUCUACUUCUACAUCAGCAAGACGUCAUUCGAUCUAUCGCUGUGUAUCGCUAGUCUUAUUGCGGUAUCGUUUUCAGCUUGUUGUGCAAUACUCGCUGUGAUUAUUUACGGCUGCAAGACGUCACUUCCGGUGUCAUGGUCGUAUGCUCUAGCGGUGGUCGGUGGAAUAUGUUUCGGAAUAACAACGAUUCUUUUGGCAGUAUAUGUUAUGAAUAAUUCUGAUAAAUACACGAACUACAGGAAUUCACGUCAAGGAGAUAUACAACACUACGUGUAAAUUAUUAACACUUUAUUUCUACUUCAACAUAAUUGUCUUUCUUUCUCCCUUUGUACCCCGAUACGGAUCACUGAAAAAGCAGACGGUUUCCAUAAGGGAUUUAUUGCACUUAACAUUUCAUUAGGCGUAACUCACCGACACCUAUGGCGUGCGUGUUUUUGAAUGUUUGAAUUAAUAAAUUGUGUUACAACAUAGUGCACCAUUCAUUUUUAGAUCCUUUGAUGGAUUUAGUUUUGUCACUUUGCUUCUGCUUUGGUCCGAUGCUAUUGUUCAUGGACAGUUAAGCAACAACAGGAACAGGUUAUACAUUUUAUUAUAAAUUUGAUGUUUCCGUUGGAGGAAAGGGCGCUGAUAAUAUUGUGACAACUUAUGCCCAAUCCCCCUGAAAGUUAUUCCGAAUAUGACUUGACCUGCUCUAUUCAAACGUGUUUUUGUUUACGAUAUCAGUCGUGGCGUAAGAAUACGGACUGUAAUGGAAGGUGACAAUUAUCAUUUAAGUGAAUAUAAGUUAUGAAUUGUAUGUUUAAUUCGUGAAUUUACGUUUUCACUUAAUUAAUAUGUAAUUGUAUUAUAUAUAUUUGUGUAUGUAUAUAAACUCGUGUUGUACAUUUAAAUGUAUCUGAGGAGAUCAAAUAAACUGCUUAACUGAUUAAAUGUU